AAUCAGUUGUUUCGAUUCUAUCGUAUAGAUAUUAUCCUCGAUAAGAGUCGUAUCGAAUGUGGAGGUCGAAUGUUCCUUAGCGAGAUAGCGACUGUAGUUCAACGGUUUGUUUGUGUAGUGGUGGUUAGUGUUACAAAAUCCGUGUGUUUAGGCGUGUUGGUGUUGUGGAUGUUACUGUGUUUUAUCUGUUUGUGGACCUUUUUUAUGUUUCCAUCAGAUAUAAAGAGGAUUACGGUAUUCCACGAAGCUAGGCAUGAAGAAAUCUCAUAAGGAAUCGGUGACACCUAAAACACCGCCGCGGAAAACCUUAAGGCCUCGCAGAGUUAGAUUUGACCUGCCUGUGAAGGAGAAAGAGGUUUCACCAUCUCAGGAUACAUUGAAGGAGUCUAGCUCUCGUCAGAAGAAAGUGAAAUCCUCCCCAUCUUCUCCAACAGUUAAAGGGUCAUCUGUGGCAAACAGGACAAGAAAAAGAAAGCGGUCUGUGGCACCUUCCUCCCGUCUGCAGAAAGAACCAGAAUGCAACCUUGUUAAGGGUGAUUUGCCAGCUGGACAGACAGAAACUGCCUGUUCAACACCUGCACCAGUGCUUUCGGACACAAUAGAGGAGCCCGAAGAGUGUCCUCCGAAGAGACGAACACUACAUUCUCUCUUAAGUGUGGAACAAGAGAUAGUUCAAAUAUUGGCAGAAAUGCAAAUGAAGAGAUCUGGUUGUACUUUUGGUACUAAUGAUGAAGAAACCAAAAGAAACGAUACAAACGACACACAAACAGAAGAUAAUAGAUCUGGUGUCAAUGAUGAAGUUAUGGGGGAAAAUGCUAUAAACCAUGAACAAACUGAACAUAAUGGCACUGUUCCAGUCAUUAAUGCUAUUACUGAAAUUAACCAGGAUAAAACUCUUACCCCAAAUCACCCUGAAGAUGAUGCCACUGUUCCAGUAGCACUUGAUGCUGCUAGUGCUAUUAUUAAAAACAACCUGGAGGAAACUCUCAUCCCAAAUCACCUUGAAGAUGAUGGCAAUGGUCCAGUAAUCACUGAUGUCACUAGUGGUAAUAUCGAAGACAACCUAGAAGAAGCUAUAACAUCAGAUGACGUCAGAGAUGAUGAUGCUGGUUGCCCAGAAAACACUGAUCCUGCUGCUGACAUUGAUAUAAAAGAAUAUAUUGAUGCAGUUGUGGCCACUGAUGAAGUUAAUGAUGAGGACUCUGAUUGCCCAGUAAACAUUGAUGCUGCUGCUGACAUUGAUACAAAAGAAAAUAUUAAAGCAGUUAUGGCCACUGAUAAAGUUAAUGUUGAGGUCUCUGUCAGCAUUUCCGUUGGACAUGAAAAGUGUACUAUGAAGCAAGAGAAAAAAGAUGGUUUUAAUAGGGACGUAGAGGAAAGGCACCCCAGUAACCCAACACCUGAUGAUAUCCGCAAUGGUAGCACUGAAGAAGAUUCAGAUGAGCUUGAAGUUAUAUAUGAAAGAAAAAAGCAUAUGUCCACAUCACCUGUUGUAAAAUAUCAAAAAAGUGCAGUUCAGCCAGAGGAGGCAAGUCAUUUUAGUGUGGACAUAAAAGUUGCGCACCCCCGUAACCCAACACCUGAUGAUAUCCGCAAUAGUGCUACUGAAGGAGAUUCAGACGAGGUGCAAGUUAUAUACGAAAGGAAAAAACAUGUGUCCACCUCUCCUGUUAUAAAAUAUCAAAAAAGUGCAGUUCUGCAAGAGGAGGCAGGUCAUUUUAGUGUGGGCGUAAAAGUUGCGGAAUCGGUGAAUGCAUUACAGUGUGGGGAACCUGGUCAACAAGAGGAAGAAAGGAGCUUUAAUGUGGAUACAGGUGUCUCGGUCUCCAAUAUUCCACCUGGCGCGAAUGCUGCUAAACACAACAAUAUUGUAGACACUGAAAAAUCUGAUGGAGCAAACAUUGAAUAUGUUUGUCCUAUGUGUGUCUUGGCUGCAUCCCACACCACUGAUGAUAAGCAAAAGAAUGCAAGCUAUUUGAAAGCAAUUACAGACAAUUCGAAAUCUGGUUGUCCAGCUGUAGUUAGUGCUUCAAGCAGUGUUACGGAAGGAGAUCAGUGGGUAACUGCUGCUCUCGACAAUGUGCAGGGGCAGAGCUCUGGUUGUCCAACUGCUGUUAUUGUUUCAAACAAUGAUACUGAAGGAAACCAGUGGCUGAAUGCUGCUAACGACAAUGUGCAAGAGCAAAUAUCUGGUUGUCCAACCACAGUUACAAAUAAUGUUACUGAAGGAAACCAAGAGAUAUCUGAUGAUGUAGACAUUGUGAAGGAUGAAAACUCUGAUUGUCCAGCUGUAGUUAGUGCUUCAGAUACUGAUACUGAAGGAAACCAAGGGAUAACUGCUGCUCUAGACAGUGUGAAGGACGAUGAAUCUGAGACUUCCUUUGUGAAAGAAGAAACAAUAGUAGACUACACAGUAGAUCCAGAUGACUCGGGGCAUGCAUCUCCUGUACAGCAUUGUGAAAUAUCUGCAGUCGAAGAGAAGGAAGAAGAUAGUAUUGAUACUGAGGAACAUGACUUGACUUCUGAUUACACAACUGAAAUUUCCAGUUUCAAAAGAGAUAUUAACAUAAGCCCUGAAGAAGCUUCCUUGUCUCACUUGUCUCAUGAAGCUGAAGACAACCUUGGACUUUCAUAUUCUUGGUUUGGAUGGGAAGAACAACAGGCUGAAGAAGAUAUUAAUGAGGUCACUGAUGACUGGGAAACUGAUUGUCCACCAGAAAUACGGAACCCAGAUGCUAACAUUGAGAGAGAUCUCCAAGAAACUGUAAUUUCAGAUGAAUACGUUGAGCCAGUUCUUGAGACAAGAUUACCGGAUAGCCCUCAACUUUCAAAGGAAGACAGUAGUGCUGAGCCAGUUCUUGAGACAAGAUUACCGGAUAGCCCUCAACCUUCAAAGGAAGACAGUAGUGCUGAGUCAAUUCUUGUGACAAGACUACGGGAUAGCCCUCAACCUUCAAAUGAAGACAGUAGUGCUGAGCCAGUUCUUGAGACAAGAUUACCGGAUAGCCCUCAACCUUCAAAGGAAGACAGUAGUGCUGAGUCAGUUCUUGAGACAAGAGUACCGGAUAGCUCUCAACCUUCAAAGGAAGACAGUAGUGCUGAGUCAGUUCUUGUGACAAGAUUACCGGAUAGCCCUCAACCUUUAAAUGAAGACAGUAGUGCUGUGUCAGUUCCUCAGACAAGAGUAUUGGGCAGCCCUUUACCUCCAGACAGAGCUAAUAAUGAUUCAGAUCUCUGCGUAGGAAAUCAGAUAAGUUCUCCAGUUUCAGCUGAAGAUAACUAUGUUGUAAGUACAGUCAAUAUUGAUUUAGUAGAUAUACAGGAAUGUGGUCUUCAGUCAAGAAUAGAUGACAGCCCUCCAGCUGCAAAGGAAGAUUACACAGUUGUUGUCGAAUCGAGUCUUCAAACAGGAAAACUGAGAAGCUCUAUAGUUACAAAAGACGAUAACAAUGUUGAAUCUGGACUUUCUAUGCAAAAACUGAAAAGACCUGUAGUUUCAAGACAAGGUAGUGUUCUCUCUUGCUGUGUUCCUGAAAGCUGGAACCCAAAUAGAAUCCUUGUAGUAAAGCUGAGAAAAGCUGAAGUGACUGAUUACUAUAAAGGAAUUGAAUCUCACGUGAGGGACAGAAAGUCAAGUAACAUAAGGAAUAUGGCAAAAAAAGAUCAACUGCAGGUUGACAGCUGUAUUGUGACACUGUCAGAAGACUACAGAAAUCAUAUUGCAGGAAAUGCAAAUCAAGGUCACCGUAACACGUCAGGGAGCCUUGAAAAUAUCACAGAAGAUUCCAACCAAGAGGAUAACAUUUCCUCAAAGAACUGUGAGAAAGUAGGAGGAGAUCCUGCUUGUAAUUAUAAUUGCAAUUCCUGCUCAGAUGUUUUCUCAUCAAAAUACAGUCUUAUCAAACAUGUAUUUACCCAUACUGGUUUGGAUGCUCCUGUACACAUUUGUAAAUUUUGUGGGAUAGUUUUUAAUUCAGAUGUUGAAUUGCAGAGACACAAUGAAAAGAGUUGUUGUAGAAUAUUGCACAAAGAACCCUGUCAUUUUAGUCAUAAGGCUCAAGAAGGGAACUGUAAAACUGAUAUUAAUAGUUUCUUGGCAAAAAAUGAAAGUGCAGAUGGUGAAUUUACUUGCAGUUCUUGUGAAAAAGUUUUUCCAUCGAAAUAUUGUCUCAUAAGACAUGUAUUUACUCAUAUGGAUGGUGUACAGGCACCUUCACAUAUUUGUAAAUUGUGUGGCAAGAUUUUAAGUGCAGCUUUUAGCUUGAGAAGACACUAUAAGUAUGGUUGUAAGAAGUCAUAUCGUGAAGAAUCAUGGAAUAGUGAUAAUCAGUUGCAAGAAGAUACACAUCAUGAUCACAGGAACGUGCAGGAGAAUGAAGUGGUCAAGGAAGAAGUUAAACAUGCUCCCAACACCAACAAUAAAGAGUUAUCAUCAAAAGAUGUCUAUGAUCAUGUUGAUGGCGAAGAAACAUACUCAUACAACUGCAGUGUGUGUGGUGGAACGUUUAGUACGGCAUCAAGACUGAAAAAACAUUUUUUGAAACUUUGUAGCAGAAUAGAUGAUUCCAUACAGUACCUUAAUGGAAUACAAAGGAGGACACAAGAAAAGAAAAUGAGUGAUUGCUCAGAUAAGUCUGACAGAGCUACAGGAGAAACUACCCAUUCUGAAUUCAAGUGUAGUUCAUGUCCAAAUGUCUUGUUAUCGAAAGAUAGUCUUACGAAACAUGAAUUUACUCAUAUAGAUACUACAUAUGCCCCUUCAUACAACUGUAAACAGUGUGGCAAGGUUUUCAAUACAGAAUUUCACUUGGAAAUGCACAUGAGCAGAAAGGAACAGUGCACAGCUGUAGAACAGAGAGACGGUGUUGUUGACCUUGACAUUUCUGACAAGAAAAGGUUUUUGCCUCAGAUUCAUAAUGUGUCACAACAGGAGUUGGCCGUAUCUAUUAGUGCUGCACAGUCAUCAAAUUCAAAACUUAAGAAUAUACGUGUCACAUACAAAUGGUCAGUUAGGAGUGGACGGAAGGUGAAAAUGUAUCUUUGUGAUUUAUGUGAUAAGCCCUUUAGAAAGUCAAGUAACCUUUUAACACACCGACGUAUGCAUACUGGAGAAAAAAACUGCAUCUGCAAUAUAUGUGGUAAAUCAUUUGGUGUGAUGGGCAAUUUGAAGAGACAUUUGAUGUCACAUUCAGGAGAAUAUCCAUAUACGUGUAAUGUUUGCAAUAGACAGUUUAAGCAGAAAGAACAUUUGAAGAGGCAUGGGCGUAUCCAUACAGGGGAGAGACCUCAUAAGUGCCGCAUUUGUGGAAAGUGUUUCAAGCAAUCUGGCUCAUUGCAAAAACAUAAAGUUGUACAUACAGGAGAAAAGCCGCACAAGUGUGAAAUUUGUGGUAAAACUUUUGGUCUCCUUGGCAAUUUGAAGCAGCAUACAUAUACACAUGCAAAGGAAAGAUGCUAUAGGUGUGACAUUUGUUUUAAAUCUUUUAGCAAGUCCACUACGCUGAAAAAGCAUUCAUGCAUUGCCCCAAGUGAAGGCAGGCGAUAUAAAUGUACCUUUUGUUCUAAAUACUUCUAUCGAUAUUGUCUUCUGAAACAACACCUUGCUAUCCAUACAGGAGUACGACGUUACAAGUGUAAUGUUUGUGGUAAAUCUUUUAUCGGAUCAGGUAAUUUGAAGAUACAUCAGUAUGUACAUACUGGAGAAAAACCAUACAAAUGUGAAGUAUGUGGAAAAACUUUUAACCAGUCCAGCAGUAUGAGGCGACAUUUAAGAGUACAUAAUACAAUGUAAUGUGUGCACAUAGUACUGUCUUCUGUAUGUUUAGCAUAAGAUGCAUUUAGAUACAAUGAUGCAAAUUUUGUGUCAUAAUUUAGGGUUGUAGAGAGAUAAUAAAAAUAUUGUAUAAGUGUACAUACUGGGGAGAACUUCACUGUGUAAAAGUGUAUGAUGUAUGUUUAAAGUUAGUAUCAUGAGAUGGCAUAAAAUAACCUGUGCUGCAGGUUCGGACUCAUUGGCUUUCAGUACAAGAUGCAUCCAUCAUUCCUCAGAAAUGCAAAUUUUGUAUAAGGCUGUUGAAAGUUAUUCUUGAAUGUGUAUAACCUAGUAUGUACGAUAGUAUUACAGUAUCUGAAAGAUAUUGGCUGGAUAUUGCUACAAUAUUUUAAAGAUAUUGGCAUUAUUCUGGUGAUACAUAAAUUUGGAUUAAUGUUGUGAGAUGUAUUUCUGUUGUGCAAAUAUAUUAUCUAUUUAUCACAGGUACCACGUGGUGAUAUUUUUCAGCAUGUUAAAAAGAUAAUACAUAUUUGUAAAGAUAAUGUAUUGUCUCAAACUAUUU